UAUAAUGUAACGUUGUGUGGAGAUGGCAUGAUGGAUCAAGGUCCACCGUCACUAGUGCAGCAGUACAGCGUGAUACAUCUUUCUUUCCCUUGCCACAGCACCAAGUUAACUCUGGCACUAUUAUUGCUCACACAGUUAUAUUACAACGUUAAGAGGCUGGACUGACAGUGCUCGCCCCCUUGCAAAGUCAAAAUAGGUAUUUGCACCUCAACGUUGGGGCAUAAGUUGCAGAAGUGUGAAAAAUGCAGGAGAAUGGAGUGAAGUGGAGUGAGUUGAGUGUUGAGGUGGGCUGGGGUGUGUUGAGAGGCAAGACUUGUGUAGUGGAUGGUGGUACUACCAACGACCACCUAAAGAUACUCUGUCUACAUGGAUGGUUAGACAAUGCAAACUCCUUUGAUACUCUAGUGCCUCUUCUGCCCACUGGGGUGGAGGUGUUAACCUUAGACUUACCUGGUCAUGGCCUUUCUGAUCACCUACCUCCAGGUGCUCAUUAUAACUGCAUGACCUACCUGCUUAAUGUUCGUUUAGCAGUUACGAAACUCGGGUGGCAAAAGUUUGCCUUUAUGUCGCACAGUAUGGGUGCCUUUAUAGCUAACUACUACACAGCCUUGUUUCCCGAAGAUGUAAUUGCGCUUAUCCAGCUGGACUACAUGCUACCCUACCACAGCCAGGAUAUUAUUGCAACCUGGAGAGCUGAGGUGAAGAUGCUCACUAAGACAAAACCGAGCGAGAAGAUUCAGCCACUGCACACUAAAGAUGUAGCAAUACAGCGUCUCAUUAAUGCAAGAACAUAUGGAUCAAAUAUAGAGGACGUUAGCAUUGAUGAGGAUUCUGCCGAGAUCUUACUACUACGGUCGGCACGAUGUAUUGAUGGUGGGUACAGGUGGUGUCAUGACAUCAGAGUGCACAGUCGCUUUAUUAUGCUAUUCGGUCUGGAUAAUUGGCAAACUGUUAUAUCCAGAAUUACAUGUCCCGUGCUCUUGCUGCGUGCAACCAAUGGUGUUUGUAAGUACUAUCCUGAGGCACUCUGUAAGACAGUUCUAGAGACUUACUCGUCCGGUUCACGAUCAUUUCACUACAGAGUUGUGAACGGGGGGCAUCAUGUCCACUUGACCAAUCCGGAGAGAGUGGCACCUCACCUCAUACAAUUCCUCUCUCACAUUACUCAACCAAUCCACUUGACAGCCUCAAAAUUAUAGGAAAUACAUACACUACUACACAAGCAUUAUGUACAGUAAGAGGAAUGACGAAUUCGUAUUGUGGUAGAAUGAAAGUAAUAAAUCAACGAUAGGAAGAAUUGUUUAAAUGCUUUGAGUGUACAGUAUGUAAACCUGUUAGACCAGACUGGAAGCGAGCUAUCUACAGGAGUUGACGUGAUGUUGGAGUGUGAGCAGAGAAAUAAACAUGAAAACACUCAGGAAAACAACCGGACUUGAGUUCCGAAAAUUGAGAAGUACAUUAUAUGCAUUCAAGGUGCUAUGGAGAGGCUGUCAGCUCAGUGGGUCCACACUGGAGAGGUAAUUAGGGUGUGAAGGCUUCCGUCUUCGAUAAAUCCUUCCUAGGUAGGGAAACAAGUAUAAGAUGAAAAAAAUGAACAAUAUGUUAAUGUUGAUACCUUGUUAAUGAACGGUCAUGUCAGUUGCCAAUUUUGUUUGUGAGUAAUUAUCAAAGGUAAUGUAUGUUUGGAGCCUUGCUGGUUAUUUUAAUAGUUGGAAAUGCAAAAUAAAAGAGCUGUGGAAAAUUACAUUUA